CAGAGAGCGAAUGCUGGGGGUGGCAUUGGAUAGAGGAAUUGUUGAAUUUGACGGACUGAAUGGUGCAUAUUUGUAACCGGUGGAAGUGGCACAUGCGCAUAAAAAAUCCAGUCUGUGAACGCGCAUUGAGUUUACGUAAGCACAGGGCUGAGAACGCUCGAUGAGAGAAGAGAUAUAAACACGGAAGUGGCAUGGGGAGGAGAUUCGGCGUAAACGUUUACACAUGACCUGGGAAUCAGUGUCAAGCUCCCCAGCCCCCAUUAUCCCUGAAGUGCAGCAGAGAUCUGGAAUAACCAGGAUGAUGAAGUUCCAGUGUUGUUCCAUACUGUGGAAGAUUUGUCUCACUGUUGGACUGGUUCUCUUCUAUUACUGCUUUUCCAUUGGUAUCACCUUCUAUAACAAGUGGAUAUUAAAGAAAUUCCACUUCCCCCUCUUCAUGACGCUCGUGCACCUGCUGAUGAUUUUCCUCCUCUCUGCGCUCUGCAGGGCACUUAUGACCUGUUUCAGUGGUCACUCGCAAGUUGUCAUGUCCUGGCCAGACUACCUCAAGAAAGUGACCCCCACAGCUUUGGCUACUGCUCUGGAUAUUGGACUCUCCAAUUGGAGCUUCUUAUACAUCACUGUAUCCCUGUACACAAUGACAAAGUCUUCUGCUGUUCUUUUUAUUUUAUUCUUUGCUCUGCUGUUCAAGUUGGAAGAGCUGAGACCAGGCCUGAUUGUAGUGGUCCUGCUUAUCUCAGGAGGUCUCUUUAUGUUCACAUUCAAGUCUACACAGUUUGACAGUGCUGGCUUUGUGUUAGUUCUGAUAGCUUCCGGUCUGGGUGGUAUCCGGUGGACACUCACACAGAUCUUAAUGCAGAAAGCAGAACUAGGUCUACAGAACCCGAUAGACACCAUGUUUCAUCUCCAGCCUGUCAUGUUUCUUGGCCUCUUUCCUCUUUUUCUUUACAUCGAAGGUCUUCACAUAUCUACAUCAGAACUGCUUUUCCGUUUUCAGAAUACUCAGGAGCUGUUGGUCCUUCUUGGCACCCUUUGUUUGGGGGGUCUCUUGGCCUUUGGACUGGGAUAUUCAGAAUUUCUCCUUGUUUCCAAAACUUCCAGCCUUACAUUGUCCAUCGCAGGCAUUUUUAAGGAACUCUGUAUACUUCUGUUGGCAACAAAUUUACUGGGAGAUGAGAUGAGCCUCCUGAACUGGUUGGGGUUUGGGACCUGUGUCUCAGGCAUAGCUCUUCAUGUUGCUUUGAAGACCUCUCACUCCAAAGGAGAUGAGACCAAUAAGCUACACAGAGGAAGCAUGAGAGCCGAUAUGGAACUAUUACUGAGAAGCCAUGAAGAUGAAGAGGAAGAGGAAACAUGACUGUGGAAAACUUAGAUUGAAAAGGACAGCUUUAUGAGAGAGGUUAUUGAAUCCCUCUGAUACAACAAAGAGGACAGUUACUGUACCCACUCCAAUGCAGAGUCUGGAGUCAGAUGUUGUUAUAAAACAGAGGGUGAAGUUGUAUUACCUCAUGCACAUUGAUCUGGUUUAUAGGCAGGGUAUACACAUUAGAGAUUUUAACACGGAGACAAUAGGAAAGAUCAUGUGAUACCCCAUAUAAUUAUUAACUAGUGACAACAGAUAAUGUAACUAACUGAUAUGCUGUGACAUUUCAUAUGCGCCUAAUCAUGAGAGCUGGCUUCUCUCUCUUCUGCUCAGCUUGUGGAACAAGCAGCUUGCACACUAAUAGACCUCCAAUGCCACACACAGGUGGUUUUACUUCCACUUUUAAAUUGUUUUGGUAGCUAUCACUACAAGUGUCUGCUGAGGUUUUUGUGUGUGCCUUAAAUGUUUACCGCCAUGUUUAUAGCCAUUUUAUGUGCUUUUCACCCUCCCAACAAUGUUUAUCUCUGUACAUCACUGCCAAUAGGCACAGUGACUUUCAUGUCAGAUGUGAAGGGCAUUGUGCAACGUUCUUGGGUAACUCUGUAAAACUAAAAUAAAUGUUAAAGUUCAUAUGUCUAUGUAUAGAGAGGGUCUCCAGUAAGGGUAAACAAGAGUGUUUUUCAGAAGUCGUAGUUUAAUCUAGAUAUUUUUUCGCUGGGCUAUGGAUCGAAUUUGAAUUGUGCUUUGGAGAAAAUUAAGAAUCUAGUAGGUAAAAUGAUUCAUGCAAAUCUUUAAAAAUUUGAUAAAUGAAGGAGCAUCACUGUUAAUUUUCUUCCUCAACAUUAAUUUACUUGUGGUGAUAUAUCCCUUUCGUUGUACUGCUAGAUUACUGUAUACUAUAGUUAUGGUUUAUAUGUUUAUUUAACCAGUGUAUAGUCACACAUUUCCAGUUGCAUGUGCUGAUGCAUUCAAACUGAUGAGAACUCAUCUGUUACUAAUUGCAUGGAAUCUGGAAAGUGCCAUGUGGUGGUGGUGGUGGUGGUGGUGGUGCUUUCACCAUGCUUGGAACUUGUCUGUUUGGCCACACUAUUUAUUUAUAAAGUACACUUAGCAACA